CUCCCUGUGGGCGUGUGCUAGUGUGUGCUACCAGUUUUGUGUGUACGUUUGUGCGAGUGUGUGUGUGUGUGUGUGUGUGUGUGUGUGAGAUCACCUGAGUGCUGUAUUUCAGUGGUAGUGAGGGAGCUUCCUGCCUCACUGUCAAGAUUUAGUAGAGGGUUGCUGGCUCUCUGUGUGUGUGUGUCUGUGGUGUCUGUUUGGGGGGAGGGGGGUGAGAAAGGCAGAUAGCAGUUUGUAGCACAAGUACACUGCUUGGGAUUUACCGCCUGAGAGAGAGAGUUAGAGAGAGAGAGAGAGAGAGAGACUCGGGGUGCUUUACAAGGGACACAGCAGAGCAGGAGAAGGGAGCAGUUAAGGGAGCAAAGGAAUGAGAGGGGGAGAGAAAGCAUGCUGCAGAAGUGGGCUACUCCUGCUACCCUGGAUUGUGCUGCGUGCGGGCAGACUUUCUUUCACAGGGAGAUGAUUCCUCAUGAAGUGCGACGCACUCGGCCCCCCAUCGUCCUCUGCGACAGCGGCAGGUGUGACGUUGUGACGCUCUCCACCUCCACGCUGAGCUCACCCAUCAGUCGCUAAAGAUCCCCGGACGGAACGGACCGCCCUCCCCCCUCCCCUUUUAACCACCCCUCCAUAUCGUCAUCCCCAUCUUUAAUCCUUCCUCACCUGCUUGUUAGGGCCUGGAUUUUCUUUGUCAAGUAAAGGCCUUGGGUGAAGUGGAUAGAGAGGGAAAAGAGACAAGAUUGGGGAAGUUUCAUUUUGUGGCUAAUUAAUGUGAAAUAAAGGACCGGACAUCAAAAAGUGAGAAAGCGAACAAAAGUGACAACAAAAGUGAAAGAGCGAGGAAGCAAAAACAAGGAAAAAAAAGAAAGCUGUAGUCCAAAACUUGAGGAAGGAUAACGCAAGUAUAGUUGAGGGGCGUGAGGUGAAAUCAGCAUGAAGUCCAACCAGGAGCGCAGUAAUGAAUGUCUGCCCCCAAAGAAGAGGGAAAUCCCCUCUAGCACGCUCCCAUCUGAAAAUCGCUUACCUAUCAUGCCACCUGCCACUGAGAGCCAGCGCUCAGAAAACAUGACCUGGCUCGCCAGUGUGGCUGGUGGGAACGAGAGCAGUGUGGGUGCGCACCGUAGCUCCAGUCACUCUGACGGAUCGCAGUAUAAAUCUCCCUCCUCCAUAUCAGACUCUUUCACCUCUGCGUCCUCACUGAGGGUGGUCUCAUCUCUUCCUACAGUGUACACAUCCCACCUGCCACAGACCACAGUUGGAGGAGCUGUCCAUUACACCCAUCUGCCUCACAAUAUGCAGUUUAUAGCCUCACCUUACACUGCCCCAUACAGUUACAUCCCCUCUCAAUUGCUUCCUCCUCCUCCUCCACCUCCUCCCCCCCUGUCCUCCUCCUCCUCGGCUGCACAGAGACCCUCACACACAGAGACGGCCUCUGCUCCUUCACAGGCCUCCAAGCAGGACCAGCAGCGAGCAUCCACAGGACGUACCUCCAUGCCUCCUCCUUCUACAGACCCUGUCCCUCACCAUGUUCAAAUAUCAACAUCCCCACGGACUGUGCCAUCAUCCCAUCACCAAGGAGGAACUCACCUUUCGCCCCACUCAAUGCACCCUCAUCAUACUUUGGGACACAGCAUGUCUCAGGUGGUGGUGCAGUAUACAGAUGGACCCACCAGAAAAGAGCAAGGUGGCUCUCAGAGACCCAGAGAGCUCCACAAUGGAGAGCUGGAAAGGGGCCGGCGGUAUGCCGCGCCACUCGAGUCUAACAUCUCCAAGUCAGGGAGCAAAUCACGGGAUGCCACAUCCUCUUUGUCUUCCUAUGAGGCUCGACAGAUGGUUCUGCCAACAGACUACUCUCCGCAUGAUCCAUCAGGGCUGAGAACCUCUGUCAUGUUAAUGCCCAACAGCCAUGGGGACCACCAGCUGGUACCACCCAGAGCCAGCCCUGAGAAGGUGACAACUUCAGCCCCUGCACACCUGGAGAAAAGUGGCAACGUCAUGGGCAAGCCUGUCAGUCGUGCUCCAUCCUUAUCCAACACCACCUCCUCUUUCACAUUUCCACCCCCACUAAGUGUAGACAGCCUGAAAGCUGCUGUCAGCACACUGCCACCCCAGACCGUCAUCCAGACCACCCACAACGCCACAGAGCCACUCUCAAUGGGGCUCUCUUCUACCAGUAUCUACCCUCAGCAACCUAUUAUCGGCUAUAUUGCAGGAGGCAGUGGUAGCAGCUACCACACCAGCCUACAGCAACACUUACUCAUUCCAGGCCCCCAACCGGUCAUCAUCCCUGUCAGUGGAGGUGGAGUCACAGCAUUGGAGCCUGUAACCUCCCAUGUUACAUCAUCUACCCAAGCUGCACCUUUUCCUACUACACUCCCACAUACGUACAUUGCCGCCACCGCCCCCAAAGGAGAAACUCUGGAGACCCACAGUGGCUCAUUUCACCAGGAUGCCCCAGGUGCAGUGGUCCAAGCCCAGCUUCAUCUCCCCAUUGUUCCUGCUCCACCAGGGCUGGUGGCGACCUCCGCCGCACAUCCCCCCUCUAGUACGGUGCUGCCUCCCUCGCUCCCCCCAUAUUUCAUCAAAGGUUCCAUCAUCCAGUUGGCUGAUGGCGAGCUGAAACGUGUGGAGGAUCUGAAGACAGAGGACUUCAUCCAGAGUGCUGAGAUCAGCAGCGAGCUGAAGAUAGACUCGUCCACAGUGGAGCGCAUUGAGGGGAGUCACACCUCGCCCAACUUUGCUGUGGUUCAGUUCUCCGUUGGUGAACACCGUACACAGGUGAGCGUGGAGGUCUUGUUGGAAUACCCCUUCUUCGUCUUUGGCCAAGGCUGGUCUUCAUGCUGCCCGGACCGGACCACCCAGCUUCUGGAGCUGCCUUGUACCAAGCUUUCUGUAGGCGAUGUUUGUAUUUCACUCACGCUCAAGAACCUGAGGAACGGAUCUCUGAAGAAGACUCAACCCCUGGAGCCGGCCGCCCACGCCUCUGUCCCCUCCUCCAGCCACGGACACCUCAAACCCCCUAGAGCUGUGUCGGACGCUCCUCAGAGCUGCAGUGGAGGAGGUCCCAGGCACAGAGAGCGGGAGAACGGUAUCAGCCAGCGAGGGAGUGGGGAGAGUGGGAAUGGAGGUAGAGGGAGCUCCGGUGUGGAAAACGGGGAUCUCGUGUUUGGGGAAAGAGUUUCCAAAGGUCAGGUUGUUGGCAGUACAGAAGCUGGCUCUACUAAGCCAUCGGGAAGCAGGAAGCGGAGAUGGUCUGCGCCCGAGGGUCGAAAAGUAGAAAAAUCAGAGGAGGAACCACCUUUGACCCUUCCCAAACCUUCCUUCAUCCCUCAUGAGGUGAAAAUCAGCAUUGAAGGAAGGUCAAAUAUUGGCAAGUGAAGGCUAGCAGGACUGUUAACAACCCAUGGAAUAAAAAAACACAGCUAAAAAGAUUCUACAAAAACCCCAUAAAUGUCCACGGUAAAGGUUCAUUUGUCGUGGUUUUGUUUUUUUGUUUAUUUUUAGUUCACAUCCUGUACUGUAGCGGUAACCUUACCCUACACCUUACAUUAAGUCCAUGUAGUUUAACACCUUUAUUUUUUUUUAAAUAGAUUGAUUAAUUAUCACAUGAGCAAUCUGUGCAGUUUUGGUGAUUUUCAUGAGAAGAUUUCUGGUGAGGGAUUUCUGACCUGUGCGUUGAAUGUUUAUCGGUUGCUCUGUGGCACACGGGCGCGACAUUCGAUGGCUCUGCUUGGCCGGCGACACAUUACACUGAAAUUUCCACCCUGAUUGGUUCACAGUCGCACUCUGUGACAGUGAUGUUACCUGUGUACUCGGGCAGUAAGGCUGCCUGGAUUCGCCUCUGGUAAUAAUGAAGGAUUUGCGGGUAAAUCGUUAAAAAUGUUCACUUGCUAAAUCAGACCAGAAGUUAAUAUGAUCUGAUCGUCAUUGUGUCAUCCGGGCCUGUGGCUGACCGGAACCAGAGGUCAUCGGGUCGAUGCCCGUGUGCCGCACACAGUCGUGAGGGAACAACACUUACUCUGCUCAGUUUGUAGACAGUGGAGUCUUUGCUUUCAUUUCAUGUUAGUGUUUUUCAUUUGACUUUUUUUUCUUCUUUAACCCCUCAUCUCCCAUCUCACCACAUAGGUUUUACAUUUUAUUUCAAGAUUUUCUAAAACCUUAAUCAGGGGUCCUUUUUAAUAAUCAAUCGAUCGCGCCUAGGUGGGUCAAUGUUAAUGUAUCAAUAUGCGAUGCCCCUAACCUUAAGCAAAUGCAAACACACUGGGUUGGUGAACCCAGUGUGUUUGCACUCGAACGGAGUCUUCGCAUACGAUCCUAGCUGUUUUGUUUGAGUUUAUUUCUUUUAUUUAAUGAAUCACUUUAUUUUUUCUUUACAAAUCCAGAAAGGUCGCGUGAGGGGAAGCGAGAGAAUCUGCACGUUAGCUCUGAGAGGGUCAGGAUGUUUCAAAGCACUUAACACACCUGUCACUCUCAUCAUACAGCCAACAAAAAAAAACCCAACAAAAAAUGAUGAUGUUGUGUCUUUAUUUACAAAGUACUGUAUGCUCUUAGAUUUUUUUCUUUCUUUUUUUAAAGACGAAGGCAGAAAGUAGCAGAAGCACUUUGUGAAAGGUAAAGAGGUUGUUAAGUAACGUGGGAGCAGAUGUGCCAUGAAAUCACAGAGCAAGGGACAAACGUGAGAGCGAGAGGAGUUUCAGUUAGUAGGUUAGGGUAGGGGAAAUGAGAUGAAGCGGGAGGUAUCGCGGUUUUCGGCAUGUGCGUGGCAGGAAAGUAUUGGAACGUGUCUGGAAAGUUCGAUUAAGACGGGAAAAAACAAACAAGUCUUUGAAAUAUCCUGCUCAAGAUCUGUUUUAGACUGAGAGCAACAAUCAGAAGCUCACACCCACAGACUUGUGAAGGUCAUCAUAUAUUUGUAAUAUGUGUGUGUGUAUGAUGCUGGUGUGUUUGUUCACACACACGUACGCGCUCACACAGACACAAAAUAGUCUCUAAAAUUCAAUACGUACUGUACUUGGCAAUCCAUAUUUAGACAGCUGCAGAGGCAAGCGUUUAUUUUGGUGCAUAUUGUCCCUACUGCAAAAGACACUAGUGGACUGACGUUAGAUUAAUGCACGCGGUGCUGCUACAGUGCAGCCGUGCAGAAAAAAGUGCUCUGAGCUGUGUUUGUGUAUGGGUGGGAGUUUGUAUAAGAGUGUGUGUGCACUGUGUAUAGGAAAAUGAUAUAAAGACAACGCUAAAUGUCCAGUGUUUCUACUUGGAGUCUUUAAUUAAGAGAAUCCUGCAAUUUGCACAUCAGGAGGAGGGAGUUCAGUCGAGACGCGAUUUUUAUUUUUUGUUUUAUUUUAUUUAUUUUUUUUUAAGGCCCUGUCCCAAAACUAGCCCUAGAGCCAGAUGACACACUGGAGGAGAUCAGGGUUUUUGUUCCUAAACAGGCACUUACCACACUGUAGAGGAAACGUUUCUGAUCAACAGUUAUGGCAAACAUCUGCCUGCCUACUAAACUGAAUUAAAAGCCAACCAUUUCUCGGGUUGCUUAAGGAGAAUAUCUCCCCCUGCUGAUUAAACCGGGGUGCCCAGAGUGUAAAGGGGGGCUAGGGUUCGCUUUUGAACACGGCCUGUGCUCAGCCAGCCAAAACUCAUUUAUCCCUUAGAUAGCAGUUACCUCAACAGAUGUGCUUGCGUGGUCAGUCGGUCGAUCGUCCUAACGGAGUUUGGGGUUUUUCUCUAACAUGAAAGCACGAGCCUUAAGUGUAAUUGGCCAUCCUUGAUCAUUUGGCUGAUUCUUCUUCUUCUUAAAAACCCCCAAAACAAAACUAAAAAUAAAAAAGCAAUUGGCCAGUUAGUGUUUUUUUAAAUCUAUCCCAUGUAACAUAGAGGUGCCAUACAACAUGUAAACAUAUCUCAGGUUAUGUGAGAUUAGCUUUGACAUGUUGCUGGCACAAUACUGUUGUUAGGGAGGCAGCGGCUUCCUGCAGGCAUGUCUGUUGAGCAUAUCUGUUCCUGCUCAGCCUGUAUUUAUGUUUUAUGGCUGUUGCUGCUUGCCUUUAGAAAAAGAAAAAAUAGAGGCGACAAUGUUUCAGGUGGUGGGAGUUUACCAGGGUGAUGGCAGGAUGGAUGUGUACUCAGAUGGAUGAGGAACGGGUGGAUUGGUGGUCGAAUGAGCAGACAGACUGAUAGUGAAGGCGAGUGAGUAAGAAGAGCCCCGAAUGAGAUUUGAAAAUGCUUUAUUUUUUAUAAUAGAACAGGGUUCUCAGAUCGACACCCACACAGCAGUGCAUUUUCAUUUGGUCCUGUUCCUAUUGAAACAUCUGGUAGAAAUAGCAGUAGGUUAUAUGUGUGUGUGCGCAUGGUUUGGAACCGCUGUGUGUGUGUGUGUGUGUGUGGCAGUGGUUUAUAAAUGUAUGUCUUUUUUCUACAUGUUUCUCCAACCCCCUUACCAACAAAAGGAAAAACAGACAUCUGAACAAAACCGUCAGCCACUCAAACCAUUCAGACUCUUACUGUUGAUCAGGUAGAUUAUUAAAAAUAAUAAUAAUAAUAAGCCAAAGCCAAGCGACUCUGUGGUUGCUUUGGUUACUUUAGAAAGCAAUAGUUAAAAAGUAUUCAGGCAGUCUCCUUGUAUACGAGUGGAGCGCGCGCUCGGCGAGUCAUUCCACUCAAAAUCUCUGCAAUAAACAUUUUAAUAACAAUCCUCCAGCACGACAACCAAAAACAGUUCUUUUUGCCCAGAGAAGUACAAUUUUUGUCUCAUACUGCAAAAGGUUUGUAGACGCUAACACCUGAACCCAGCUCGCUCCAGGUACCGCAGUUCCCCUCCUUAUGAAAUUCAUUUGAAUCCUCAGAAAUUGCAGUUGCAACACCAGUUGCUGAUCUUUCAGGGAAGUUUCUCAUAUAUGCAGUAACCCAACACAACCCCUGAAACCUCUGUCCCUGCUGGUCAGUCACAAACACUGCUGUUACACUGUCAACGCUGAAGGCGAACCGACUCGGUGUGGCACGAAGCCAACCAGCAGACUUCUUUUUUUCUCGUCGUUUUUUUGACUCCGCCAAGCUCUGCCUCUUUGCCACGACUCCCGUAGUGACCUCUUUAACUUUGUUUCAGGUACCCAAUCAUAGCCAGCCAGCCUCACAAGCACCUCCUUCUGAGGCAAAGCAAUCAGUUUAACCCUUAACGACAACCGUUCGCUACCUUUCAGUGUGGCCCGAUGCGGAUAUAGGAGGUCUGCCCUCCCAAUUACAUCAUCUUUUCAUAUUCGGUCUCCUGUUCACAGUCAGCUUAAAAAGGCCACUGAGUUUAUAUUUUACUAUAGAUGAUAACAUAAAUCAAUCAGCAAGGUUUUUUCUUUUUUUUUGAGGGUCUAGUGUAGUUAUCAUUUCCCAAGUCUUUCUUAAAUCCCAUUGAAAUGUACCACAAUGUGCAAUACUUUGAUUUUGUUUCCCCCUCUUUACUGUGCCAAGUGUAUGUAGCAAAAGUUCGACUCCAGUGUCUGAUCCUCGUUAAAGGCUCGUGUAUUUCUUUUAAAUAUCUGUUGACGUGUGUGUCACAUCUGAGUCAGGAUGUUUGUGAGGAGAAACAGCAAAGCGUUUUUCCUGUUUUUCCUCUCUUUCCCUUUCGUCCUCGCGGCCUUCCUCAGUUGUACUGCGUGUGAGUCUGCACCGUGUGUCGUCGUGAGUGUAGGAUGUAUGCUUAUGUACACCUGGUGUUCAAACGUGUGUUUGUGUGUGUGGGGGGGGGGGCGGAGUGUUUUCUCCUCUAAUAGUCUGUGAGAUCAUAAACCCUGACCCUCGAUGGUUCACGGUGAGACCCACAGGAAAAAGAAACCUCAUCGCUAGUGGGGACCACUUUUUUUUUUGUAGAAAAAAAAGAGAAAAAAAAAAGAAAAAGAAAAAAAGAAAUAAAGAUUUUAAACCAACCGAAAGAGAUGCACAUGUAUGUAGAUGUAAAAGACUUGAUAAUGUUUCAGCACUUUCUAAUCCUGGGACAGGGCUCGGUCUAACCCCUCUCUUUCAGGCCGACGCCUGUCCUGGGGGGUAACAUUCAUUCAAAACAGACAGAGAGAAUGAAAAAAACAAACAAAAACUAAACGGGGUGACUAUUGAUGAAUAAAAAGAGAGA